CCGGUCGGACCCCGAUCAAACCAACAAACCUCAAACCCCUUGUUUAACCGACUCAAUGACUUAAACUGGUUUGACAACCUUGGUGCCGAACCACACCAGAUCAAAUCGAAGUUUGGAUCAAACUACAUCGAACCGAGUAUAAUACGGCCCGGUCCUUGGUCAUCAUGAAUUUUAUAAUUACUAAAGAAAUGAUGGACCGAACUGAUAUUUGGACCAGACCGAACUGAACCAAAUAGAUCGAAUACAAUUGUAAUCCUGUCUUUGGUCCUAAAAUAUCUAUCACUAAUGAACCGUGGUUCUAAUGAGUUUGAUCUAAUCCGGACCGAAUCAAAUCGUUGCACCCUCGAGAUAUAUCGACUGCCUCUUUCUGGUUCUAUUGUACAAAUUGAUUGUCCUACUCAGUGGCGGAUACAUGGAGGUUUAGGGGUGUCCCGGGACACCCCUAAAAUUUGGGAACAGGAUUAUCCAAUCUUCGAUAGUAGUUUAUGUAAUGGGUUAAAAAAAUGGAUCUCGUGGAGUUCCGGGGGAUAAACCCCUAAUCCCGAUUACACGACCCCACAUUCAAAAUGGAUCUCCUAUGGUAUCUUACUUUAUAAAAGAAGGUCGAGGGGAAUGGGACGUUCCAAAACUUCAAAAUUGCUUUGAACCUCACUCUGUUGAUCUCAUAAGGAGAAUUCCUCUCCCUCGUCUCUCGCAACAAGACAUUAGAGUGUGGCACUAUUCUAAGGAUGGUAAAUAUACAGUCAAAUCGGGUUAUCACUUAGCUUUGGAAAGAAUAUUAGCUCCAAGUCGAAAACCGAUAGUGCAAAUCAUUGACCCCCCCAUUUGGAAAAAGACUUGGAACAUCCAAGUUCAGCCUAAACUCAAAUUCUUCAUAUGGCAAUGCCUCAAAGUCAUACUCCCCACAGUAGUAGCCCUUCAAUCUCGUGGAGUUAAUUGUUCUAACCGAUGCCCUGUCUGCUGGAGACAUCGAGAAAGUAUCGAACAUUUAUUUUUCAGAUGCCCCCUAGCCAUCAGAUUGUGGUCUUUCGUGGGAUUGAGCAACUUUAUUGAGACCGCCCAGACUGUUAAUUUUAGUCUAUGGUGGCGACAUGUCAUGGUCUCUGAGACCUCCCCAUUCCACAUUCUCCAAUGCGUCUGUUUACUUUGGAGAAUCUGGAAGUCUAGAAAUGUGGUGACCUUUGAAUUUACCCAACCUCAUAUCCAUUCUUUAGCCAGACAGUUCUACAACCAGGUCCUCGAAUUUUCCAGCCUCCUUCCUCCCCCUCCUCCCCGCAGCUCCAUCCUCCCAUCCUUGUCCGCCUCUUCUUGGGUUCCUCCACCGGAAGGCUUUUUGAAGAUCAAUGUCGACGCAGCGGUUAGUGCCUCCGGAUGCUCGUUGGGCUUGUUUUCCGGGACUCAGACGGGCAUGUGAGGUUGGCGAUCGGAUUGCAGCAUCAAGGAAUAGUCAACCCUUAUCUGGCUGAGCUUCUUGCUUUCAGGGAUGCUAUCUCUUUUGUAGCCUCAAGAUCCUUAUCUCACGUGAUAGUCGAAGGCGACUCUGAAGUGGUUGUCAACCAAGUCCGUCAUGGCAUCUUAGAAGACUCGGUGGGUGGUUCGGUGCUUCGAGAGUGUCUCCAGAUUCUUAGCUCUUUUUCUGCUUGUAUAGAGUUUAGGGCGGUACCUAGAUCCGCCAACAGUGCUGCCCAUAGAGUGGCGCGUAAAGCACUGCUUUUGUCUCCUGUAGAGCUAGAAUCUUUUGAUUUCUUGGGGGUAGCUUCAGUAGAGUCUUUUUGGGGUCCUGGGUAGAAUUGAAAGCUUAAAUAUUUCUUCUCAUUGAUAUCACUCAGAAAAAAAAAAUGGGUAAAAAAAAAUAUUUAAGUGGUUGUCGGACACCCCUACAUUUUGGGAAAAGGAUUAUCCAGCCUCCUAUAGUAGGUUGCGUAUGGGUAAAAAUAAUAUUUAAAUGAUAGUCUAUGUAAUUUGAACUUGGGCCAAUACUACUAUUAGUAAACAUAUUUUCAAUUAGACCACAACUCAUUCGGUUGUUAUGUUUUAGUUUCAAAUAUAAUAAUAAAAGACUAUUUUUAUC